GGUCAGCGAAGCAUUCGUCUGAUAAAAGUUUACGGUGCGGCAAACCGUGAUGACGAUAUAUACGUCGAUCUGGUAACUGCUUCCCUCGAUAAAGCACCGCCUUACGAAGCUCUUUCGUACACAUGGGACAGCCAACUGUCAGAUCAAGUCAUAUACGCCAACGGACGAAAGUUCUUUAUUACCAAGAAUACGCACGAUGCUAUCCGUCGGCUUCGCCUUGAACCAGGGGAAACGAGAUACCUUUGGAUCGACGCAAUCUGCAUUAACCAAAACGACAUUGCCGAAAAGAGUUCACAGGUGGCAAUGAUGGCUAACAUAUACAAAAACGCGAAACAGGUUGAUAUUUGGCUUGGUAAUGGCAACAGUUCAAGUGAUUACAUUUUA